AGCAAUUAAAGGAGUUGCUGUCCAUCCAUAUGUGGCUAAAAUGUUUUAUUUUGUCGUUUAAACAUUUACGCCACCUAUUUAUCUGAUGCAGACCGUUUGUGGUGCCGAGGAUUGAUGACAUGCCAUGGGACUGUGCCACUGGAACAUGAACAGAAAGUCAAUUCUGCACAGCAGCACAAAGCACUACUGGCUUCCCUCCAUAAAAUACUGGUGCUGAUGCUGAGAAAGGGAGGGGAGCAGCAGUGUGUGUGUGUGUGUGUGUGUGUGUGUGUGUGUGUGUGUGUGUAGGAGAAAGGGAGGAACUCCCUGCUAGGCUGCCCUGCUCCAUCGUGAGUAGCAUCAAGUUAGACAUAGAAAUACAAAGGCAUUGCAGACAGUAAAGGAAGUGAGGACUUCAAAAUAAAACAGGGUGUGGUAGAUGAUACAAAAAAUGUCCCAAAAAUCCAAUUUCCAACUUUGCAAAUAAAAAAGCAGAACGUGCUAAACGUUAAAUUGUUACUGAAACUAAUUCAAAGUCACAAACUAUAAUAAUAAGAAAAACUAAUGCUGUACUAUAAAAAAAAUGCUUCUAUAUGAAUACAAAUCCUGCUGAACAAUAAUUUUAAAAAUAGCUAUAUAAUUUUCUAUAAUGAUAUAUAAGGUUUGUUUUUUUUAUUUAAUGAAAAAGUAUUACUAUUUUGUUUUGGUGCUUCUGCAUUGUUAUUCAAUAAUAUAAUAUAAUAAUAAUAAUACACCAGAAUAAUUCUUCCAUGUAUACUUGGUUUAGAAAAUGAUUAGGAUAUAAACAUGCAUUCAUUUUCUUCAACUCGAUGCUCUUAUUUUGUUUCAUGACCGGAAACAGAAAGUGCUUAGUGUACGCCUUUUGACAGUGGUUGCAGCCAGUCUGUUACCAGCAGCAGAGUGCAGAGUGGAGGAGCAAGAAGGUGUGAUGGAAGAGAGAAACUAAGUCUUAUUAUCAGAAUAGGAGGAAAGAAAGACUUGAAGGAAGGAAGGAAGGAUUGCAUGGAUCUCCUGUUGGGAUCCGGGGCAUCAUCUCUGAUCUUGGAGAUGACUUGAAUGGAUGUGAAUGAAGCAAAGUGAUUGAAGAGGUGGAAGGAAAAAGACAUUAACCGUUUUUCACUCACUAGAAAAAAACUUGUGUCCAUGUGAAAAUGGUCCACAAGCAAGAUUAAACUCGCCAAAAUUGGUGUUUUUGGGGUUGGAACGCAACAAAGAGCAUGGCCAUCAACACGGACGUAGACUUCCUCAAGUCCAACCUGGGAGAAGGCGGAGGAGGGGGCGCCCAGCUGGCCGACUUCCAGGAGACCGAGAAACUGCUGGCGGUGACCACCGAGCCCGGAGGACACGGGCUCAAGAUGUCCUCCUCCUUCUCGGUCAACAUGGACCACCAGGCCAAGGGUCUGGAGGGCGACCACAACGGCCACGGCAUGAACGUGAGAUCGGGCUCCGCCGGACAGCUGGUGGCCGCCGCGCCCCUCUCCCCGUCCAAAGUCAGCCUGAGCCGCUCCUCCACCGGCAACGCUACCGUGCAGGAGAGCCCCAAGCCCCGGGACUACCUGAUCCUGGUCAUCGUGUCCUGCUUCUUCCCCGUGUGGCCCGUCAGCAUCGUGGCUCUGGUCUACUCCAUCAUGUCCAGAAACAGUCUGCAAGCAGGGGACGUGGACGGGGCCAGGAGGCUUGGUCGACUGGCUCGUCUGCUCAGUAUCGUUUCCAUCGUGCUGGGUGUGGUCGCCAUCAUUGUCUACGUCUCACUUUCAGUUUUCCAGACCUGAGGGAAAACCAAAAACAGCCCAGUGAAGGGCAAAGCACGAAUGCAACAAGAAGAAAAGCCCCUUACAAAAAAUAUAUCCAUAAAAGAUGAUUACUUCCUUUAUUUCUGCCAUAUUGUAAUUAUGACAUCAUGACGUUCCGGAAGCAAUAGGCAACCAAUGAGAUUGAUACUGCAUGCAUAACAAUCCACUAACAUUUGCUUGAGCCCAAAAAAUGAAAACAUAAAAAAAAGACUAAUGCAACACUGUCAAGACGAGAAAAGACAAGAUACUUCAGAAAAAUAGGGGCACGGGAUCUGAUUUUGGAUUCAACUCCUAAAUGAAGCUGAUGAUGGAUGAGACUUUUUCUACAUCAGUGAUGGAACACUUUUUCCUGUUGGGACUUCAAUAUAUGGACGGCAGCAUAUAAUCCUCCUAUAUUCCUGCUGCAUUCAAGUCAUCGGAAACACGGACGCAUUAGAGAUGUACAUUUUAUAAUGCGUUAUGUCAAGUAGCGUCUGUUAAGAUGACCAAGUUGCCUGCGAAGGGGGAAGUGGACGAUAAACCUGAAUGUGGACAUUGAAAAUUGAUUGAGAUUGAAUGAAAAGUCAGUUUUUCCUGAAUGGCUGAUUUGUUAGCAUCUCUAUAUUAUUCUUGCUUUGUGCUUGCAAGGACACAUGCACCAUUGACUAGUUUUCACCUAAAUUCUUUUCCAGCAUACAUGAGCUGCACCUAACAUCAUUUUCUUGCUCCACUUCUUCACCUUGUGCCCUUAAUGUCUGUUUAUGACCUUUUUACUUGUCUUAUAUCACCACUGCUUCAUGUAAUAUUGUUACCAUGGAUGUACAACCAUUUCACUGAAUGUUUUUCUUAUGUAGGUAUGAAACCUAUUCAUAAGCGGGAAAUAUAUACGCAAUAUGUAUGCAUGAUGUAUGUAUUUUUUUUUUUUAAUGAGUGGGUUUAUAAGGUUUACCUUGAUUUCAAAAUUCCAAUUCAAGAGAUAAGUGUGUUUUACAUUACUUGGGACACACAAACACACACAUACAAUACUAACAUAUGUACAACAAAUAAAAGCACAGGGUCAGUCUUUGGUACACUCAUAUGCUUUCUCAACAGGAAUAAUUAUAUCAGAUCCUUACAAAUUCUAUUUAUGAAACUAUGCAACCAAUUCCAGAAUGAUAAGUUAUGAAAUACUGACUUUGUAGCUAUGUUAACUCCUGAAUAGACCAGACUCCAUUGCAAUGUAUUCUUCAUGAAAAUAUCCAUAAAUAGCCUUAAUCCAAAGAUCCACUUUUAGUGCAAAACUUAUGAUAUACAAGUUUAAGCAUUUCUAAGAUCAUAUUGGUGUUGUUGUAUUUGCACCAAUGCAAAUAUUAAUGCACCGGUAAAAUAUGUUAGUUCUUUUUUUUUUACAUAUAUUACCUUUCCUCAUGGUGUACUGAUUGUGUCCGAUUUCAUCUUUGUGGUGUACAUUUUGCAUGUUUGGAAUAAAUGUUACCAUGCAUGGCUAA